AUGGCCCUGCUCCUGCCGCCCCCCGGCGGCGGGCCGACGGCGGCCGAAGACGGCCACGCGGUCAUGGCGCUGAGGAAGAACGCGGGCGACGUGGCGCGCGGCGCCCGGUCCAACAACUACGCGGCGCUCGCGAAGAAGAAGGACGACGACGCGGCGCCGCCGCCGCCGCUCCCGCGGUCGCCGGAGCAGAGCUCGAGCCGCAAGGGCCUCCAGGGCACGCCGCCGCGCCGGAGGCCCGGCGACGCCGCCGCGACGCCGUCGCCCGCCCGCCGGUCCGCGCCGAGCUCCGCGACGAGCAGCAGCGCGGCGUCGCGGUCCGAGCCCCUGCAACAGAGCGACACGGGGGGCCGCGCGCGCAUGCUGAGCCACCUCGGCCCGCCCCAGCCCAUCGACCUGUCGCUCAACGCCGCGCGGCUGCCCCG